AUGGAAACCUUGCCUCUCCUCUUUACCCUAACAGCUGCUACAUCAGUUUAUCUCCUAUGGUUCUAUCUUUUAGCUCGUAAACUUACCGGCCCAAAAGUAUGGCCUCUAGUGGGCAGCCUUCCAUUUCUGUUCAUGAACCGGAGAAAAAUUCACGAUUGGAUUGCUGGUAACCUCCGUGCAACUGGUGGUGUUGGAACCUACCAAACAUGCACAAUAGCAAUUCCUUUCUUGGCUCGCAAACAAGGAUUCUACACAGUCACUUGCCACCCCAAAAACAUCGAACAUAUUCUUCGAACCCGGUUUGAUAAUUAUCCCAAAGGUCCCGAUUGGCAAACCGCGUUUCAUGAUCUUUUAGGCCAAGGGAUCUUCAAUAGUGACGGAGAAACGUGGCUUAUACAACGUAAAACUGCAGCUCUUGAGUUCACUACUCGGACUUUAAGGCAAGCCAUGGCUCGAUGGGUUAACAGGACAAUCAAGAAUCGUCUAUGGAACAUUUUGGACAAGGCAGCUACAGAGAAGCUUUCAGUGGACUUGCAAGAUUUAUUGCUUCGCUUAACCUUCGACAACAUAUGUGGACUCACAUUUGGCAAAGAUCCAGAGACUCUCUCACCAGAAAUGCCAGAAAAUCCAUUUGCUAUUGCCUUUGACACGGCCACUGAAGCUACUCUACAGAGGCUUCUUUACCCUGGUCUCUUAUGGAGAGUGGAGAAGCUUUUAGGAAUUGGAGCAGAGAAGAAAUUAAAGAAGAGCCUCGAAGUUGUGGAAACGUACAUGGAUGAUGCCAUAGCAGCACGCAAAGAAAACCCGUCAGAUGAUUUACUGUCGCGAUUCAUGAAGAAGAGAGACGUUGAUGGUAACCACUUUCCCAUCUCUGUUCUGCAAAGAAUUGCUCUCAACUUUGUCCUUGCUGGUCGGGACACCUCAUCUGUUGCUCUUAGCUGGUUCUUCUGGCUAGUCAUGAACCAUCCUGAAGUCGAAGCAAAGAUAAUCAAGGAAAUAUCAACUAUACUCACAGAAACACGUGGAAAUGAUCACCAGAAAUGGCUUGAUGAGCCUUUGGUCUUUGAUGAAGCUGAUAAAUUGGUUUAUCUCAAAGCAGCAUUAGCUGAAACAUUGCGUUUAUACCCAUCAGUACCAGAAGAUUUCAAAUACGUAGUAGCAGACGAUGUUUUGCCUGAUGGUACAUAUGUACCAGCUGGUUCAACUGUGACAUACUCUAUUUAUUCUGUUGGGAGGAUGAAGAGCAUAUGGGGUGAGGACUGCCUGGAAUUUAAACCAGAACGAUGGCUAUCACCAGAAGGGGACAGGUUUGAACCACCCAAAGAUGGCUACAAGUUUGUGGCCUUUAAUGCUGGCCCCAGGACUUGCCUAGGGAAGGACUUGGCUUACUUGCAAAUGAAGUCUGUGGCUUCUGCUGUGCUGUUGCGCUACCGAUUAUCACUGGUUCCUGGUCACCGUGUAGAGCAGAAGAUGUCUCUUACAUUGUUCAUGAAGAAAGGGCUCCAUGUGUUCUUGCAACCUCGUGCUCUUGCAUAG